AACGCCGAAAAACUUAAAUAUUCCGAUAACAAUAUGAAUGUCAUUAAAAAUGGUCAAUUAUCACCAUCAAGUGCUCAAAAGUUGAGUCAAAUAACAUUGAGCAAGUGUUUAAGCAACGGAACUAAUAAUGGCAAUAAAACAAAUGGAGCUGGAAACACCGUAAAAACGGAACGACUCAGCCCACCAAUGAGUGAAUUAUCGAUGUAUAGAUCUCGAAGUGUGACACCGCAUUCGCACACUGGCACUCCGCCGCAAUCUGCUCAACCAAAUAAUCUGAUGAACAAUCCAAAUAUCAAUUCAAUUUUAUCGGCAUCACAGCAUCUUGGAAAUAAUGGAAAUAAUUCAGGUAGUCAAAGAUCAAUGGAGCUUCCCGGGCCACCACUUAAUUAUUCAGAGAUGAUGAGAACACUUGCUGCCAAAUACAACAGUUCGAAUGAUUUACCAACGCCCAAACCAUCAUUUAUCGACUCAAGAGUAAAGCCGAUUCGUGAGACGUCAUCAUCAGUGGAUAAGAUGCCAAGUUCGCCCCCGCAGAUUACACCAAAUCCAAAUUUAUUAACGUCGCUCUUUUCGAGUCUGCAAUUUAAUCAGAAUAGUAUUUUUAAUCCAAUGCUUGAUAUGGGCAGUACAAGGGCAUUGGUAUUGUUGGCACGAGCAGCACAAGAGGCUGAAAUGCAAAAGUUGAUUAAAGGAAGCGAAAAGACUCGAAAGCUUCCUAAUCUUAAUGACUUUCCAUCAACAUCGACACAAAUGCCAAGCUUUAAUAAUUUUAAUCCCUUCCCCGCUCUUACAAAUCUUCAAGCACUUCAUCAAUUAUCAACACGAUCCCCUCCUGCUCCUCCACUUACAGCCACAAGUCCUUAUAAAAGUCCAACGGGUGAAACUGCGAUGGGUGUUUCGCCACUGGAUCUCAGUUCUUCAGGAACACCUCCGCUUGCAAAACGAAUUAAAUUAUCACCUACAUCGACAGAAACACAACGACAACAACAAGCAACGUCGCCCAAUGUCACAACCACAAAUAAUCAACUGACAACUUCAGGCUUUAGUACGUCAAGCAGCAGUAGCACAACGAGUAAUAACAGUGAACAAACGGGCGCUCAGCCAGCGCGAAAAUGUCAAAUGAAAAUUGAUGAAAUUAAUUCAUGGAAUGUGGACGAAGUGUGCAGUUUCGUUGAAAGUAUUGCUAUCUGUGCUGAAUAUAUAAAGAAUUUCCGCGAGCAGAGCAUUGAUGGUGAAGGUUUGAUGAUGUUAACAGAGGAACAUCUAAUUAAUAUUUUGGGGAUGAAACUUGGCCCAGCUUUAAAGUUACGGUCAAAGCUUGUGAAGAGACUUAAUGAACCGUGCAAUUGUGCAACAUGCAACACUGUCACAAACUCAUGUGGAGAAGACAAUCUAAUGGAAUCGAAAAGCUUCAUUAAUAACUUUACAAAAAUGUCAAUUCCACGAGCUGGUAGCGCUGAUUCGGCAAAGUUUUGAUUAUGGAUUGUCUGCUUAAGCUUCGUUUAAUCCCACCUCAAUGAAAUGGAAACGAAAAAUCAGCAGAUUUUUUUCUUUCUUUUCUUUUAUUUGACUUAAAAAUACGAAACUAACACGUGAUAGUUUUCCAAUCGCGCAUUAAAAUUUAUGUAGAAUUAUUUAGAAUUAAAAAAGUUAUGUACUUAAAGAAGCAAAGAACUGCUAAAAUUAUCAUAAAUGUAAUCUAAAUUUAAAGUCUUGAAUUUUCAAAAAUAUAUAAAAAGUUAGUUAGAUACAUUUAAAUCAUUAUAAUAUUCAUAGUCAAUUACAUUUAGCGAAAACGAAUUAUCUAUGUAAGUUAAUAUUAUGAAUUAAAUAAAUUAUUUAGAAAAACGGAUGCAAUGUUAGACGCUAAGAAUAGAAACUAAUGAUGGAAACUAUAUUAACAACAAAACUUUAUUUAGAAUGUUUAAAAAGACAAAUAAUUGACGCAAUUUUAGUGCCUUUAGCUUAAAACUGAGAGAGAGAAGAAGAUUUCAUGUUAUCUUACACUUUGCUCAACAAAAAUACAAAAAUGUUUACUUAUCUACUUAAGAAAAGUGUAAAAGUUUUAAAGAAAAUUAAGUUGAUAAUUAAUUUUUUGAAAUCAGUAUUCAAUUUCAAAUUUAAUAAAAGAAUAAUUUAA